GUGUCAGUGUGAAACAUGGCGACGCUCACGUCUUCUCCACGUGAAGUGUUUACAGAAGCGGUGAGAGUGGUUUUAGAAGCGUGGCCUGUUUUACAGAUAGCCGUUGAUAAUGGCUUUGGUGGAGUUUACAGUCAGCAGAAGGCCGACUGGAUGGUGGAUGCAGUUCAACAGUAUUUCCAUGACAACAGAGACCUAGAACAGGAUGAAGUGGAGGACUUCCUGUCUGAGCUGAUGAAUAACGAAUUUGACACUGUCGUGGAUGAUGGGAGUUUGCCACAGGUGGCACAGAAGAUGUGUGUGAUGUUUCAGCAGUGUCAACAGGGACAGUUAGCCAAGGUCAAAGAACACAUCAGCCAGCUGACUCAGAAAAAGGCUGCUGGGAGGGCAAAGGUUACACCUGUGAAAGCACCUACAGAGGAUGAGGAAGAUAGUGAAGAUGAUGAGUCUAUGGAGUGUGAUGAUGCUGGAGAAGGAUCUUCAGUAAGCAGUGCAACAGUAAAACAGCAACAGCCAUCUACAUCUGCACCUACACAGGAGGAAGAAGAUGGGUGGACAGUGGUGCGCAAGAAAAAGUGACUUUUGGUUGAAAAACUAUGGACUAAUUUAGCAGUGCCAACAGCACUGUGCUCCAUAGUGCAGAGGUGCUGUGUCUAAAUUAGCUGGUGGUAAUGGACCAACAAGCAGCAUUUCACUUUGCAAUUGAUUAGAAAACCAAUAUAGAGCUAGUGGUCCAUCUUUCUUGUGCUGGAAUAACAGUGGACAGUAUUGGUGGUAAUUUGUGGUAGGACUGAAGGUUUCAAGAUGAAAAAAAUGCUGCUUGUUUCUCCUUAAAAAUCCAGUUCGAUCAGCAGACAGUUGGUCUGAGGGACAUAUGAGCUUGUAACAUAUGUCUGUGGUUCAGUUGUUUACCAAAACAAACAUGUUAAUAAGACACACCAGCACUCUUCACUCUUUUUUUUCUGUGUGCUAGAUUCUAAUUAAGGACUUUAUGUCCCCUUAUGGACAAACCAGUUUCUACAGGACAGAUCAGGACUGUCUGCACUAAGCUGCAUCAGCUCAGAGACUUGGUGCUAUUAUAGACAUUUAACCCAUUUUAAUUUUCGUGUAUUCACAUAUAGUUGCAGUCCAAAUUAUUUUAUCCCCAUUGCAAGUUAGGCUUAUUAGCAAAAAGUUCAGCACAAAAUGCCAUUUUCAAUAACUACUGCAGUCUCAGAAUUAUUCAACCCCUUCAAAUGGGGGUUAAGUGUUUUUAGUACUUAGUACAGCACACUUUUGCUAUUAUGACCUGCUGCAAACAAGACACAUAUAGUCAGACACCAUCUUCUGGCAGCAUUCCUGAGGAAUCUUAACCCAUUUAUCAUGGGCAAUGGCCCCCAGUUCACUAAUAUCCCACCAAAUUUUACCAAAGAUGCUGUAUGGGGUUUAAGUCAGACUGUGACAACCACUCCAGAAUCUUCUAGGAUUUUUUUUUUUUUUUUUUUAAUAAAGUAAAUUGCUCCCAAA